AUUGCUUCUCUUUUUCUUCAUACACUCUCUUCAUAUGUCACAGCAACAACCAACAAAGCAGGAAACUUCUCAAGAAUUCAGAAAGCUACUGCAAUCUAGACAUAAUAAGGCAUGCUUUGAUUGUCAUGUAAAAGGACCCACUUGGGCCUCAAUAACGUUUGGCGUGUAUUUGUGCCAAGAUUGUGCCGCAGCCCACAGAAACCUGGGUGUACAUAUCAGUUUUGUAAAAUCAACGACACUUGAUGCCUGGAAUUACGAACAACUAGAGAUGAUGCGUUGUGGUGGCAAUCAAGCAGCCCAUGACGCACUGGGUGAACAUGUUCUCGCUUAUAAAGAUAUACACUCUAAAUACACGAGCAAAAACGCGUUACAGUAUAAGCGAGAGCUCCAGGCAAAAGCGCAGCGCGCAUUAACGAAUAAUAACGCUCAGCAAUACGACCAACACAAAGACAACAUAAUAUCAGCAGCAUCUCCUAAUUUAGUCGACAUUCCUAAUCUGAUUGACAAUGACGAACCUCUCACGUUUAAACAACCACAGCAGCAUAUGCCUCUUAUCGAUAUCGAACCAAUGGCACCAUCCGAUCCAGCAUCGACAAAACCAAGAACGGAUGCAGAUAUGUUUGCGCUCUGGGAAAGUGAAAAAUCACAAAAACAAGAAAAACUGCAGGCCUCUUCAUCAAGUGCAGCAGCGGCAACAGCAGCAUCAUCAUUCGCUCGACCCAAGAAUCAGCAAUACAACAAGCCGUCUCGGUUAGGCGUACGAAAAGCGCAAUCAGGCGCAUUUAAUUUCGAAGAAGCACAGGCGCGCGAAAAGCAACAGCAGAAGAUAGAAAAGGAAUAUGGCAGUGACAACACCAGUCAUAAUAAUGAUAGCAGCGUACAUCGAUUCUCUAAUCCAUUACCAACACCUGCAUCAACACGGAAAGCAUCCUCACGUCUAGCAUACAUACCUGAUGAUGAUGAUGUGCGGAAAACAGAGGAUCGCAAAUCGACCCCUUUGAUGAAAGACGACAAUGAGGAUAAUAAUGAGUACGACCCAGCGAUGGAUCGACUGGGCAUGGGCAUGGCACGACUAGGUGGUUUUGGAGCAUCUGACGAUAGAGUCAACCACCACCAUGCUUCUGCAAGAUCGAAAAAGGGUAGUGUGAAGAAAGAACAAGAGCAAGCAGCACAAAACGAGAUCACUUUUGCUCGAGAUAAGUUUGGCAAUGCAAAGAGCAUAUCGUCAGAUCAAUAUUUUGGUCGCAACGAAUACGAUCCAAGUCGUGCCGCUGAAAAUUCGGCUCAGCUUGCACGAUUCCAAGGGGCUUCGAGUAUAUCCAGCGACCAAUAUUUCGACAGAGAACGGCCUCCACAGGACGAUUUCUCGGGUGGCUAUGUCCGAAGCACGGGCACCUAUCGCAGCGGAUCGAGUAAUAGCAACAACAACAACAACAACAACCCAUUAUCGAAAAAGCUAUUGAGCGUUGCAAGCAAGGGUGCUACAAAGCUCCAACGGGUUCUAGCAGAAAUGGAGGUGAGAAUGAUUUGCCAUGUGGAUAUAUUUUGUGAUACCAUCUUUUUCCUUGGGACUAAUGAAUCAUAAUUUAACUCUAGCAGCGACAUUCAUAGGAUGUU